AAGAAGAAGAAGAAGGUCGCCGUAACGCUUUGUGCCUUCGCGCACGUCAAAAUCGAGUGCCGGCUAUUUCCGAAGAGGCGGAUAGCUUUACCGCAGUUAAUAGUGCUAGCUAAUGGCUGAAUUAGAAAUUGGUAAACACUGUCAGGUCGAUUCCUGCAACCUGAAAGAUUUUCUUCCAUUUGUGUGCGACUCUUGCGGUGGUGUUUACUGUCUCGAGCACAGGAGCAGAGAAGCCCACUCAUGUCCAGAGGAAACUGUAACAAGGGAAACUAAGACCGCUGGUGGCAGCACGAGUUAUCCCUGCUCGUUUGAAGACUGUAAGGGAAAAGAAUUGCUGCCAGUUUUAUGUCUGCAGUGUGAAAAACACUUCUGUUUGGCCCAUCGUCAUCAAGAUGAUCACAAGUGUGAGAAGUUGGAGGUCCAGAAGCCUCGAAUGGCAGCCACAAAGGAGCUAGUGCAGAAGAUUUUAGAGUCAAAGGAUGGAUCCAAAAGCAAAGGGCGCAGAGGAGCAAAGAAUGCUGCCACUGCAGCAAAGGUUGCCCUUAUGAAACUGAAGCUGCAUGCUGCAGGAGACAAGGGACUGCCACAGACAGAAAGAACCUAUUUUCAGGUUUAUCUUCCAAAAGAAGCCAAAGAGUGCAGCCGGCCCAUGUUUUUCUCUUCAAAAUGGAGUGUGGGUAAAGUGGUGGAUUACGCAGCCUCUUUAGCCAGCCUCAAGAACAACAACAAUGUUCUGACAGCCAAGAAGCUGCGUCUCUGUCAUCCUGAGACAGGCCAGGCUCUCCAGAUGGAUGACUCCCUGCUCUCUCUGCUGGCUCACCCAGAAGCUCCGCUGCAUAACGGGGGAAAUGUGAUCCUGGAAUACGUGGACAACGAAUGCACAGGACUAAAGGAUGUUUCUGACUAUAUCGCUCACAGCUGACUUAGGAGUAUAAGGGAUAUACAAAUGGAUUAUAUGUGCAAACUACUAUUUAUGUGAAUAAAAAAAAAAAUUGUA